AGUAUGGAUAUCUGCGGUAUGCCUGUGGUCAGCGUGGGUUAUCUAAGAAUCAAAGAUGGCGGCUAUGGAGACGAUUUCAUUAGAGGCACAGCGUCUAUUUACUUGGAUCACGAAUGAACAAGCUGUCCAGAUUAGCCUAGCUAUGGGACUUUUACUAGGAUUUGUUGUAGGCUGGGCCUUGCGUGCUCGUUUGGGUGGAGUAACGAUCGUUCAGGAGGGCAAAGAUGAAGAGGUUACAACUUACACAAUGGCAGGGUCUGGUGAAUACAAAAUGAUCCUAGUAGUCCGGCAAGACCUAGGGAUGGGCAAAGGAAAAGUAGCUGCUCAGUGUUGUCAUGCUGCUGUUGGGCUUUGUAGACAGUUAUUGAAAAAUAACCCAAAGGUUUUAAGAAUGUGGGAAAAUGCUGCUCAGCCCAAGGUAGUUGUUAAAGCACCAGAUGAAGAUGCUUUGGUUUCCCUUUCAAAAAAAGCGCGCUCUCUUGGCCUAGAGACCUGUUUAAUCAGAGAUGCAGGGCGUACUCAGAUAGCUCCAGGAUCCAAAACUGUGCUUGGAGUUGGGCCAGGUCCAUUGAAAUUGGUUGAUCAAGUAACAGGACACUUGAAGCUGUAUUAAUGUUAUUCAAUUUUUUCAUUAUUUGUAUUAUAAUAAAAGCUUCUAAAAUCA